AUGUCAGCUCCCGGAGGUCCUCCUGGACCUAGCGGCCCCCGCCCACCGACAGCCAUCGAGCGCAGGAAAAUGGUCACCGCCCUGCGGGACCGGCUCCGACCCAACAUUACCGACAGCAGCCUGCUGGAGAGGUACCUCAAUUCCACAGACUGGGACGCAGAGGCUGCCUAUAACUUGUGGCAGGCGGAUAGGGCUGUGAUCAUUGCCGAACGUGGUGACGGCUCCGACUCCUCUUCCGAGUCAGACUCCGAAGAUGAAGACGAAGAUGAAGACGAAGAAGAUGAAGAGGAAAAAGACGGAGAUGACGCUUCGAGUGCAUUGAGUAGCCUGACAAAAAGUGACAAAGAAGAAGAAAAGGAAGAGGGAAAAGAAUCAACACUGAGCGACAUGCGUUCAAGCCCCGUCGGCGGCGUUCUCAAUAACAACUUGGAGCGAGAGCGUCGGGACGCCGCCCUUGCAAUUCGCCUGUGGUACGAAAACUUUACGCCAGACUCAACCUCGACAGCCACAACCUUGAGUCCUUCGGAAGCAAUACUCCUUCUCCACGUCAACGCGUGGGAUCUUGGCCAGGCGGCCGAGAGUUUCACAUCAUUGGAGGACAUUCGUCUCCAGCUCAGCGAUUAUGACCGGAUGCGUACGGAUCUGCCAACGGCCAUCGACCCUGACAACGCCGACGUCAUGAGAGAACAAGAUGAAAGACUCGCCGAGUUCAUCAACAUCACCGCCCGGUCUGACUGGUGGUCUCUGCGUGAGGUGUUGCAAAAUCAAAAUUGGAAUUUGAUUGAGGCUGUCUCAUUCUGGUUCUUCAACGGGGUCGAACCCGUUCAACCGCCCAGGAAAGAGGUCCGGAAAUCGACCAAGGCAGACCCUGAUGGGAAGAAACUUCAAUUCGGCAUCCGCGUCACCCCAAACGAGAGGUCAAGGGAAUGGCCAAAGCCCAAACAUUGUAAAGUAGACAGCGCCCUUUUCACGGUCGGCGAUUGGGGUGUGGAACCCGAUCAAUACGUCGACGACCCCGACACCAACAAAGGCAAAAAGGUUAAGAAACCUAGAAAGGCCGAAAAAGGCCGAGAGAAGGGUGCUGAAGGUUUUCUCCUCACCGUCGAUGGCGAUCCUGAUGAAAAUGCGCAAAGAGGGUGUAAGAACCCAGACAAAUUCCUCGUCGAGCACAUCGCCAAGGGGAAGUAUACCUUCAAACGCUUCAGACAGGAUAAAAAGUUCGAAUGGCCAGAUCUCCAAAAGGGACAGUCACCGAGGCCUAGGUCAGCGAAGUCUAAGUCACCGAAGACUCAGACGGGACGAGUAGAGUUUGACUGGAACGACGCGUCACACAUCCAGUUGCUGAACAACUGGCGUCGACAAGCUAUUGGCCGAACAGUCAAGGGCUCCAGACAGGAUGCCGGGCAGCCAUGGUCCAAGGAGGAGGAUGAUUACUUGAUCACAUUGAGCGAGGAGCUUCUCCAGGAAAAAAUGAACUCUUCGAGGCCUCCCACGGGUGAUAAACUGAUUGUCAGCACCAAGGCAAAAGAGGAGUGGACAGAGAAGUUCAACCAGAAGUUCACCGGCACGAUCCAAGAAGGUUCGACAGAACCACGCGCUGAUCGGACACUGGCGGCAAUAAUGCAACGCAGAACCCGCAUCCAGGAGAUUGUCGACCGGUUUGGAGUCAAACGAGACGAAAAGUACUUUUUGAAAAUAAAGGAGAAAGAGGAAGCUGAUUCGAAGCAGAAAGCUGGCACGAAGCAGAUAGCUGGCACGAAGCAGAUAGCUGGCACAAAGCGCAAGCGCGCAGACUUAUCUGACGACGAAGACGCAGACCAGUCCAAUGUGGCCACUGGCGGCGAAGUUACCGAGGACGAGGAAGAGCCCGAGGACAAUGGAGCCUCUGGUAGCGAGGAGGCUCCGAUGGAUGAAUCCUCCGGCGACGAUCCUGAGGACGGUCAGGACGAGACCAUGGAUAUAUCAGACUAA